CGCGUAUUUCGCGUUUCUUACGGCGCGGGUUCGUCGAUCGUCGCGUCAUAAUGUACAGGAUAAUCGCGUAGCCCGGCGCGUGGAUUUCUAUAAACACGGAAAUUAAAACAUAAUAAACUGUAUCCCCCCAUCGGAUACGGAGGUUGAAAGUGAUGCCUUGUGGCAAACGCAAUAUAAUAUGCUGACUCUCCCUUCGCUGGUACUGCGGUUGAUGAUUCAUCGCGCUCGCGACUCGCGACACUGGGGAACCUAACCCCCCCUGUUAAUUCUGACGAGGCUGAGUUCGCCGUUCAGGUAGUUGCUUCGCUCGGCGGAUCGCGUCGGGUGGUGACUCGUCGGGUGUCUGCCGGUCCCUCGCACCUGUCGACGGGUUAUCAAGCUGAUAGGAUGAAUCGUAUACGUUUAUGAAUAAUAAUUAUAAAAAAAAUUAAACUUUAUUUAAUUCGUAACAUUUUUUUAACGCGUGUUUCCCUCGCGUUGGAUAUAAAUCUAUGCGCCUUUUAUAAGUCAACUUUACCACUUUCAAUCAAAUUUUUUAAAAUGACGGAAAGUCGACUUUUAGUCGACUUCUAAAAGUCUCAGUAAUAAUUUUGUAUUUAAGUUUAUAAUUUAUAAUAAAAUAAAAUCUCCUGCGCCUCGUGGGCAUUUUACUGAAUGUAACGCUUUGCAAUUUUGACUUUUUGAAUUUAGACCAAUGCACGGAAUUUGCACUUUUAAACUAUAUAGCAACAGUCGUCGCUGAAGCACGUAAGCACGUGUAGCACGCGCAGCAAUAAUUUCGUCUCACACUGUUUUCCAUUCAUCAUUAAACACGUUUGAUAAUAUAAAAUGAGUGACACAUUUUGUGUGGUCGUUACUCAUGAGUGGGUUGCAGCAGUACCCUCUACGUGGGUAUUUCCAAAUGUAAUGAUGGUGUGGUGGCCUACACCAUCAUUAAAUGGAGAAACAAUAACUACAGCUAUUUCUAAAAAGCGGGAACCUGAAGACACGUGGAAUAAAAUUAAUUAUCAAUAUUUGAUAGGUCCUUUUGAAACGUACAUCGAAGCUCGGAAAAUGGAAAAAAGAGCUACUUCGAUCAGCACGGAUGAUGAUACUGAUGCAAUACUUAAAAAAUUUCCAUUAGAUGAAAACAAAAGAAAGAGAAAAGCCAACAAACGAGACGAUUUUAUGUAUACUUCAGGUGCUGCUGCUGCUGCUGUCCCUCCAGGUCAUCGCCAGGAUCCGGAUCGUCGCACGAGAACGCCGUCGGGUAAGUGAAUUUGAGGUUAUGUGAUACCCGCGGUCCCGCUGGUUCGCGAGAUGCUUUGUUACAGGCCCAGGAUGAUACCGUCGGGAAGAGGCUCACACGAGGUGAGUGAACAACACUUUAGGUUUUUCAUAAACAAUAACAAAUAUCCUUUAUUUCAGGUUACUUUUAACACAAAAUCACUCCCUCUUAGCGUCACGCCACAUGUAUGAGUCUUCGUGUGUCUCCGCGAUUGUUUAAACGCACGAGUUUUGUACACACGCCCGUUCGCGACGCUUGAGUCACAAACGGGUAAACGAUGUGAUGUGUUCGUAAUUUUAUUGCGUGAGGCUUCACUGCUUCUUCGUCGCACGCACUUAAUUAACGCGCGGACGAUCGCUUUUUACGUGCGAGGCACGGAACGAUCGCACGGGACGACUGUCUUCUCUACUCGCAUUCGAGAAUAGUCGCUGUGAACGCGCCACAAUGUAACGUGGAUGUUGUACGUUCAAUCUCUCGCGCGCGAAAGCUCACGAGAGCUCCCGCCGCUCGCUUAAGUACCAGUGCGGGGAUUCUCUCCACUCGCAUCGCUCCGCCAAUCACGCGUGGCGUCGGUUUUCAGGCGCGCGGCAUACGCGUCUUCCCCCUCUCCUCCGACUUGGACGAAUCGGCGCUGUGCGACGCUGCUGUGGUGCGGUACGUCUCCCCCACUCUCGAGCCUUCAGCCAAUCAUGGAGGUGCACUCUGGGGUGGAGAUGGAGCUACCCCUCUGGACUAAGGUAUUAUAAAAGUGAGUAUUCUCACGUUCGCCAUUUUUCUUCAAACUAGGAAAGUAACUAGCAUAAAAGAUUAGGUAUGUUUUAUAUAUAUAUAAUACGUCGCAAUAACCUUUACGACGUCCUGUCCAAUAACCUCUCGACGUCAUAAAUAUCGCGUCUUCGUUUCAUCGUCCCAUAAAGUUUGGUGCUUUUAAAAUGCCUGGCUACGUUGCAUUAAACUGCAACAAUCACAGUAAAAAUGGAUUUCGACUUUUUGCAAUUCCAACAAAUGUAGAGCGAAGAAAAAAGUGGCUUCAAAACCUUCGCCGUGAACAGUGGAUACCAUCCAAGUCAGCCUGUGUCUGCGAAGUACGUCCAACACUGUUAGAACAUGAUUUGUGCCUCAUUGAAGUUAAAAUUAAUUGUUUUUCUUAUUACAAGUACACUUUGAUGAUUCACAAUUCGAAAAGAGACGUGCCGAUGGCUGGAUAAAAUUGAAGCCAAAUGCGGUUCCUACUAUAUUUAAUAUUUAUAAUUCACCUCUCGGGAUUGAUCCACCUCCAAAAAAAUUGCUAAACAAACUAACAAAAAAAAAAAAUAAAGUUGCUGCCACAUGUGUACAAGAAGUUCCAAUUAUUCCAGAAAUAGUAAUAUUAUUCAAUACAUUUUUAGUUCUUAAUAAACAUUGUUAAUUUUUAUUCAAAAAACUUUAAUAUUGUUCAAAAUGUUGCAGAAUAUCGAUUAUGCUGCCCAAUCGAACCAUGAUGUUUUAAACGAAGUAUCCAGUGUGUCAAAAAGUUUGCAGCCAUCUGAUAGCAGACAAACUGCUAGAGAACAAAGUAAGCCAUUCAUUUUCUAAAUAUUUUAUGUGAAUGACAAAUUGCAAUUAUGUUAGAGUUUGAAUCGCGUGAAAUUAUAUCAAUAUUUAUAUAUUAUCUCGUAGUCUUAACUUUCCAUUGCAAAAUUUAAGUUUGCAUAUUAAUUUGUAGAUUAUCGAGGAAAACAAUAGCAAUAAAAAAAAUCCAAGUAUGUUGCAUUCUGGAGCAAGCCUUGAAUUUCCAUUUCCAAAUGUAGAGGUAAUUGUUACAUUUUCUAAAUUUUUCUUUUGUUUAUUAAUUUAAUGCUCCAUUUAUUAUAUUUAAUAUAUAUCUAUUUAUUUUAGGACCCUAAGCUGCAAGAAUAUUACACAGAUGAAAAAAUUGAUAGCUUGUUGGUCGAAAAUCUCUACCUAAAGAGUAAGCUGGAACGGAUGCAUUCUAUUUUAAAAAUGUUCUCUCAUUAUCCAAAAAUUGCUAAAUAUUUACAAGAAGACAAUGUCAAAUAAUUAAUGUAUUAUUAAGAUUAUACUGUAAAAA